ACAUUAAGCGAUCUAAAGGUGAUUGCUUGCAUAAUUCAGAUGAUUCGGACAAGGAAAUUGCAAACUUUUCCCUAGACCUUAUUGCUGUACCAACUGUCAAGACAAUGAAGUACACAUUGUAUGAGAUGGAAACCAACGUCAUGCUUCGGGAUCAUUCCGAGGCUAUAAUUAAUGCUUGUCAAUCCAUGGAUAGCUCCCUGGAUGUCAAGCAUAAAAAUUCCUGGAUUAUCGACAAAAUGGGACUGGAACCAUUUGCUUUAACAUUUUCUGAUCACCAGAAUAAUGUUGUCGAGUAUAAUGCACUCAGCCACUCCACCAAUAUUAGGAAAAUGUCAAAUAAUACAUUCGAAUGCAAAGCUAUCUUACCUGAAAAGCGCAAGAGUAUCGAAGGGGAGGGUGUAAAAGCAAAUGUUUGUUCAAACCUGGCUUCACUCAUCCAUGGUUCACCGCUUCGCAACCUACUCAUGCAGCGAACGUAUUUCCAGUUGAACGAUGAAAUCUCCUCCUUACUGAACGGCGAUUGGAAGCAUGAGCCGAAUCUCAAGUUUGCCUGUGCCCAAGUUUUAGCUGGUGCCAUCUUGUUAAAUGUCUCAUCCGGUGUAGCAAUUAUGAUUAAUACCAUUGAAAUGUACGGGAUGACAAAGAGCGUGGAUAUUCAUCGAGACGUGUCGGCAUCCAUGGAUUCCUCUUUACCUCCGAUAUCAAGCAAUUAUUGUGACGUAUGGCCUUGUAUUCAAAACACUCGAGAUGGACGCAAGCUUGUCAUCGCAUCUUUCUCUUGCAUUGGCCUAAUUACUUCCAGUAUGCGUGUCGAUAUUCUGGAAGACCCCAAUAUUGGCCCAUCAUCUUCAACAAUUACAAUUUCACCGGAGACAACAAAACUUUACAUUGAUCAAGAAAGUUGGAACAAGGCAAACGCACUUGCCCUAAAAAUCGAAGCGCGUUCCAUUCACACGUCAUACCUAAUUGGUCAAAUGAGACAAUUGCGUUCGCAAUUCCACCACCCAACAUCAUAUAUGCUUUGCCGUGCUUCCAGCCAUGUUGCCAUGGGACGCUUUUGUCAGCCGUUGACUGUGUUCACAUAUGCGGAUUUCGAAGGCAUCAAAAAAUCAAUUGAAAACGAUAAUUCAAGCAUGAUCGCCUCACGCAUAUUUCAAGAAAUUGGUUAUGAGGUGAUAAAGACACCGGCCACUGCAAAAUUGAACAAAACUCUUGUCGUCAAAUCAAUGGCCGAAUUAAAUGAUAACAAAAUGAAAGUAUUAUUUAGUGAUCUUCUUGCCCUGUUUGGAGACAACGACAGUAUAUCCAUCUUACGAAAUCGCGAUCUCAAUGACAUCAUGCAACAGAUGGCUCAAAUCAUGGCUUCCGAUAUAUCCAAGGCAAACCAAGCGGUCCUCCGUAACGUUCGCGAGCGAAGAGAUGCUUUAAUUAAUAUGUCGGCCCAUUGAUGUGCUCCAGAAACGUGAUUCACGGUUAUUUUUCUUUUUUUCUUUUAAUUAUAUUUGCUUUAUACAAGCACUAUCUCGUGGGUUGCUUUGGCGA